AUGGGCGCUUCACAAAACAAAUUCAAUGCCCAACGAAUCUUCUCGCUCCAGACGCUCAAGAACUCUGCGGCCGCGCACACCUUAGGGAUUGGAGGGAGAACUGGGGCAUUUAAUUUGGAUAGUCCAAGUCCGAGAAAUUUGAACUCCAAAACUCGAUUAGCCUACCAUCUACUCCGACGGUCUACUCUGGCAGUCCCUGUGGCCAGAGACACAAAGAAAAUGGCCAAGGGAGGGAUGGCAAAUCCGAUAUUGCACAGGGCCACCCUCCUUAAGUCAGGCACCUGGACGGACGGGCAAAGCGCGGGCUCAGUGAUGAGGUCAAAUUCACCAACAACCACCUCUCAGAUAAUGGCAAGAAAGAAAAGGAGAGGGAUAAUAGAAAAAAGGCGUCGGGAUCGAAUAAAUAACAGUUUAUCUGAGUUGAGACGGCUAGUGCCAACGGCUUUUGAAAAACAAGGAUCUGCUAAGUUGGAAAAGGCAGAAAUAUUGCAAAUGACUGUGGAUCAUUUGAAGAUGCUUCAGGCAACAGGGGGUAAAGGCUACUUUGAUGCCCAUGCUCUCGCCAUGGACUUCAUGAGCAUUGGGUUCCGAGAGUGCUUGACAGAAGUGGCUAGGUACCUGAGCUCAGUAGAAGGCCUUGACUCAUCAGAUCCACUGCGCGUGCGCCUGGUCUCUCAUCUCAGCACCUGUGCCUCCCAGCGGGAGGCUGCAGUGAUGACAUCCUCCAUGGCCCACCACCACCACCCCCUGCACCCACACCACUGGGCAGCAGCCUUCCACCAUCUCCCCACAGCCCUGCUCCAACCCAACGGACUCCACACAUCGGAGUCAACCCCGUGUCGCCUAUCUACAUCUUCAGAAGUGCCUCCUGCCCACGGCUCUGCCCUCCUCACAGCGACAUUUGCCCAUGCAGAUUCAGCUCUUCGGAUGCCAACGACAGGCACCGUUGCACCAUGUGUGCCACCUCUCUCCACCUCUCUCCUGUCUCUUUCGGCCACUGUGCAUGCCGCAGCCGCAGCGGCCACCGCAGCUGCGCACAGCUUCCCUCUGUCCUUCGCAGGGGCCUUUCCCAUGCUCCCCUCCAAUGCAGCAGCCGCAGUUGCUGCUGCAACAGCGAUCAGCCCACCCUUGUCAGUGUCAGCAGCUUCCAGUCCUCAGCAGACAAGCAAUGGAACAAACAAUAAACCUUACCGACCCUGGGGGACAGAAGUUGGAGCCUUUUAA